CUCAUUGGACGAAGCUGGGCCAUGUUAUUUGCCAGUGGAGGCUUCAAGGUGAAACUCUAUGAUAUUGAGAAACAGCAGAUAACAAAUGCCUUAGAAAACAUCAGGAAGGAGAUGGAGGUACUAGAGCGGUCCGGCUCCCUGAAGGGGUCACUGAGCCGACAAGAGCAGCUGUCCCUCAUCAGCGGCUGCUCUGACAUAAAGGAAGCAGUAGAGGGCGCCAUGCACAUUCAGGAAUGUGUUCCAGAAGACCUAGAAUUGAAAAAGAAGAUUUUUGCCCAGUUGGAUCGCAUUGUUGAUGAUAAAGUUGUCUUAAGCAGCUCAAGUUCUUGCCUCUUGCCUUCCAAGUUGUUUGCUGGUUUGACUCAUGUAAAGCAGUGCAUUGUGGCUCAUCCUGUAAAUCCACCCUACUAUGUCCCACUGGUGGAGCUGGUUCCACACCCGGACACGGACCCUUCAACCAUGGACCGGACUCACGCCCUGAUGAAGCAGAUCGGACAGUCCCCAAUCAGAGUCCUGAAGGAGAUGGACGGCUUCGUCCUGAACCGCAUCCAGUACGCGAUCAUCAGCGAGGCCUGGAGGCUCGUGGACGAUGGAGUGGUGUCUCCCAGCGACCUGGACCUGGUCAUGUCAGAUGGACUCGGGAUGCGCUAUGCCUUCAUUGGGCCCCUGGAGACGAUGCAUCUCAAUGCAGAAGGCAUGCUGAGCUACUGUGAGAGAUACAGUGAAGGCAUGAGGCGUGUUCUAAAGACUUUUGGAACCAUCCCAGAAUUUUCUGGGGCAACAGUUCAAAAAGUUAAUCAGGCCAUGUGUGAGAGGGUUCCUGAUGACCCCGAGCACUUGGCUGCCAGGAGGAAGUGGCGGGACGAAUGUCUCAUGAGACUCUCCAAGCUGAAACAAGAGAUGCCGGCCCAGUGA